AUCCAGGAUCAAAACUGGCCUAUUUAAAGUGAAGACACACAGACAAGAGUCAUCUGAACUACAACAGUCAAAAUCAACAGGUUCAACAUGGGAUUUUCUGUGCACUGGAGUUGGCUUGCUGCACUUUUAUGUCUCCUCUGUAUGGGAGGUGAAGUUCGAUGUGACUGCACAGAAGACCGUAUGGCAAUGGAGGGAGGUCAUUAUUCACUGACCAAGAAGCUGACGACAGGCAGCAUGUUGGUCUACCACUGUCCUGAGGGCUACUACCCAUACCCCCAUCUAACCCGCCUGUGCCAGGCUAAUGGCUCCUGGAAUCCAGCACCCAAAAGAUUUAGACCUCAGAGAUGCAAGCUUGUUGAAUGCCCAGACCCCACUGUGCUAGAGAACGGCAACGUCUCUCCUCCUCAGGAGAAGUACUUUGUGGACAAUGAGACCACGUAUGAGUGCUACUCUGGAUACACGCUGCGAGGUUCAGCCAAACGUGUGUGCUUAACAAAUGGAAAAUGGAGCGGCUCCACUCCCAUCUGCAGCCGUGACUCAGGGGACGUGUGUGCUGAUCCUGGUAUCCCAGCUGGUGCCUCAAGAACAGGGAACAUAUUUGGAAUUGACGACACAGUGAAAUACAGCUGCAACAGCGACCUGUUUUUAGUGGGGUCGAGUGAAAGGGUGUGUCAGGAGAACGGCCAGUGGACUGGCAAUGAGCCAGCGUGCUACUACAAACACACCUAUGACACUCCACUGGAGGUUUCAGAGGCGUUUGGUAGUGCGAUCAAAAACAGCCUCACCACUUUAGAGCCCAUCGAUGACACACAGGAGGGAAGAAAAAUACGGAUUUCAAAAAAUGGGACACUUAACAUCUACAUUGCCGUGGAUAUCUCUGAGAGCAUUGAAGAGAAAUACAUCAAGGAUGCAAGAGACGCUGUGAUCAAACUUAUUACAAAGAUCUCAUCCUUUUCCGUGACUCCAAACUAUGAAAUCAUAUUUUUCUCCUCUGAAUAUGAUGAAGUUGUCAGCAUUCUUGAUUUUUUGGAUGGCCAAGUCACACUAAGUGAAGUCAAGAAUAAGUUGGAGAGUUUUGAAGUAGGCGAGAAGAAGACUGGAACAGACCUGAACAUGGCCUUUACUACAUUCUUGGAGCGAAUGGCUCUUAUAAAACAAAGAGUUAAAACGGAGGCCUUCAAAGAACAUCAUCACGUCCUCAUCUUUUUCACAGAUGGUGCUUAUAAUAUGGGCGGAUCACCUGCACCUACUGUGGCAAAAAUAAAGAACAUGGUAUACAUGAACCAAACUGGUGAAGAUGAGGCUCAGUCAAGAGAAGAAUAUCUGGACAUUUAUAUUUUUGCCAUUGGAGCUGAUAUCUUUGAUGAGGACCUGCAGCCUCUCACAGCGGGGACUGGCGGAGAGCAUUACUUCAGAAUGAAGGACAUUGCAAACUUACAAGAGACCUUUGAUGACAUCAUUGAUGAAGAGGAAGUUAAGGGUCUGUGUGGUCUUCACAAGGACUAUGACUCAAUAAAAGACAAGAGAGAUGAAAGCACAAGGAAAAGGUAUCCAUGGUGGGCGUUCAUUACUGUCCAGAAAGAAGGACCGCCAAAGAACUGUCUCGGCUCUCUGGUGACCCCCAAGUUUAUCCUGACUGCUGCUCACUGCUUCACAUUUGGAGAUUUACCUGAGAACGUCAGAGUUGAGAUUGAUGAUGGACAGGGCAGAGUGAAAAAAGUGAAAACCUUCAAGCUGCACCCAAAGUACAAUAUUAAAGCUAAAAUUAAUGACGGCGUGAAGGAGUUCUACGACUACGAUGUGGCUCUCAUCCAACUGGUGGACGAUGUUCAGAUCUCCAAUGCUGUUAGGCCUAUUUGCAUCCCAUGCACCCAGGAGACCAGUGAUGCUCUAAAACUGGUUGGUGAAUCCACCUGCAAACAACAAGAACAGAUGCUGUUAAAGACUCAUCUUGAAAGACUCAACUUCCUGACCAAGAAAGGAACCACUAUAUCUGAAAAAGAUGUCCACGCUAAGCUUGGCGAUAAUAGAGACAUGUGCAUCCAACACGCAUUAGAGGCAGACGGCAUCACAACGAUUAAUCCAAAGGAUGCAGUGACUGAUAACUUCCUGUGCACUGGUGGUCGGACUCCUUUCAGAGAUCAUAUAUCAUGUAAAGGUGACUCUGGAGGUGCUGUGUUCAAGAACUACGAGCAUCGCACAAUACAGGUUGCACUGGUCAGCUGGGGAACCAAGGAUUUGUGCAAGUCGGGUGGUGGUCUUGUCGAGUCAGAUGAGACCUCCAGAGAUUUCCAUAUUAAUCUUUUCAGAGUCGUCCCGUUCCUCAAAUCAGUCCUUGGAAAUGACACCCAGGAUGACUACGCACCACUUGAGUUUUUGAGCAGUUAAAUCCAUUUACAUACAUAAUUUUUGUUUCGCCAUGUCAGUUAUAUGAUCUGUGUAUACUGUUUUUCUGAUUGACGCUGAUUUAUUUUCAGACUGUUCAUGAAAAAUAUACAUUUUUCAGAUAAGGGUUUCUCAUCAAAGGCACACAUACAUACACAUGCUCACAGAAUAAAAAGGCAUCACCCAUUGUUCUCAGUUAUGCUGCUCUGUACUUUAUCAUCAUUAAAUUAGUAUCUUCAGUAGCCAACCAGGAUGUAAAGCAGUUAAUAAAUCUGUACAAACCUGUGUAUUAAUGUGUUUGAAGAGAAGCUGCUCUAAUGGUUGAUAGGUGACCCUGGUUCAGGAUUAGUGGCAUGAUCACAUUGUGAUGAAAUAAAUGAGAGACUCUGCCGUAAUGUUCA